AUGGAUCUAGAGGAGUUGACGUCGAAAGCAAAGCAAAUACAAGAGGAGAUGUUGGAGGAGAUACUCCGAGUUAACGCAAACACAGAGUAUCUUCGACGCUUUCUCCAUGGGAGCACUGAUAAAGAGCUUUUCAAGAAGAACGUACCGGUGAUCACCUAUGAAGAUGUUAAACCUUACAUUGAACGUGUCGCUAAUGGAGAACCCUCAAAUCGUACUUUCCGGCAUUUCAAAGGCGUCGAGGAUGGAAAGGUGUUAGCAUUUCUUAACACUAGACCACUAUACAAGAUUCUGUCUGGUAUACCGGUUGCUCCGGUGAUUACAAGCUUCAUAAUGACCGAUUAUUUCAAGAACUGGUCAUCAAAAUGUUACGCCAGCCCUGACCAAGUCAUAUUAUGCACCGACAACAACCAGAGUAUAUACUGUCAUCUUCUUUGUGCUCUUGUCCAAAGAGAGGAGAUUGUGAGUAUCUUUGCACCCUUUGCUUCUACGGUAAUCCAAGCUAUCAAAUUUCUUGAAAAUAUCCGAUCCGGUGAUCUUAGCGAGUGGAUCACCGACCGUGGAUGCAGAGACUCUGUCUCUGUCAUACUUAGAGGACCUAAUCUUGAAUUGGCAGAUGUGAUUGAACAUGAAUGCAGUCAGAAAUCAUGGGAAGGUAUGAUCACACGGCUAUGGCCCAACAUCAAGUUCGUUCAAAGCAUAAUCACAGGACAGAUAAGUCAAUACAUUCCAAUAUUGGAGUACUACUCCAACAAAUUGCCUCUCAUCUCCGUUGGUUAUUCGUCUUCUGAAACAUUGUUAGGGGUAAAUGUGAAUCCUCUAUGCAAACCACAAGAUAUAUCUUAUACAUUUUCCCCCAACAUGUCCUACUUGGAAUUUCAAGAAGAAGGAAACAAUGAUGAAAUAGUUGAUCUUGUCAACGUCAAGAUAGGUUGCUCAUAUGAGGUCUUGGUCACAAAUCAUUUUGGGAUAUACAGAUAUAGAUUGGGAGAUAUUCUACAGGUGACUGGAUUUUACAAUACUCCACCUCAGUUCAGAUUUGUACGCAGAAAAAAUAUGGUUAUAAGUGUUUUCAUGGAGGUAACAACUGAAGACGAUAUCAUGAAGGCGUUGAAUCGUGCGAGAGUUGUUCUUGAGUCUUCAGGAUUAAUGUUGAUGGGCUUCACAUGUUAUUCCGAUAUCUCCACUAUUCCUGGUCACUACGAUUUUUAUUGGGAACUCAAGGCCAAAAACUUUGAAGGCAUUGUUAAGCUCGGUAACAAGGUAAUGGUGAAAUGUUGUUGUGUGAUGGAGGAAUCAUUUAAUGCUCUUUAUAGAGGAUUUAGGAACAAGAAUGACUCCAUCGGAGCUCUAGAGAUAAGGGUAGUGCAAGAAGGAACGUUCGAUUAUCUCAUGGAACAUUUCAUCUCUGAGGGUGGUGCUUCUGCAUCUCAAUACAAGACACCUAUAUGUACCAACUCUCCUGAAGUUUUAGCAAUUCUUGAAGACAGAGUUGUUGCUCGGUUUUUCAGCGACAAAACUCCUCCUCUCUGA